GCACUUCCUCACACUCGUCCUCCAAACUCCAUCCGAGUAAUUCAAAAGGACGUCGUCGCAUUCUUCGUAGUCAUAAUUCCUUAAAAUAUUUCUGCUUUGAGAUUUUCCCGACGAUGGGUAGAAGCUCCCAGAUGGGGGGUUCCAUUCUAAAAAUUACAGUUUUCGUGCUCGGAUUGACCGCUAUUGGAUCGUGCGCCAAACUCGAUGUGGUGGUGGAGUGGAGAUAUUUAGAAUUUGACUAUCCUACCCCAGCUGAAGAAGCCUUGGCUAUUCAGGAUGGUACUUACAAUUUUGAGAGAGCCAUUCCCAUCGACUCCAUCGUUACGCCGGAGGGCAAGAUGUUUCUGACGAUCCGAAGACAAACGGGUGUCCCGGCCAGUUUAACGGUAGUGAAUCCGGAUAAACUAGGUAAGGGUGGUGGUCCAUUGCUGAAGCCUUAUCCUGAUUGGGCCUCGGCGAAUACAGAAGAUUGUGAGAAUAUCAUCGGAACGUAUCGCAUGGAUCUAGACCAGUGCAAUCGUCUUUGGGUUAUCGACUCUGGAAACGUAGGGGAUGAGAACGUGUGCCCACCGAAGAUAUUGGCGUUCAAUGUCACAUCGGAUAAAUCGAUCGCGAAGAUUGUGAUACCAGAGAACGUUGCGAAAGGCGAAAACGGAAAAACACAGUUUGAGAAUAUCGUCGUCCAAAAUGAGGACGCCGAUUGUGCGAAGACUACUAUUUAUUUAGCGGAUUCGGCAGGAAAUGGCAUAGUGAUACACGACGGCAAAGACUUCUGGCGAGUUUCAAGCUCUGCUUUCGAGCCUGAUCCGAGUGCAACAACGUUCACCGUUGCUGGCGAUAAAACGGUCAUCAACUCUCAUGGCGUUUUGGGUAUGGCUGUAACGGAAGAGCCAAGUCCGUUUGACCGCCACAUGUACUUCCGACCGUUGUCGUCGUACUACAUGUACGACACGAAACUAGAGGAUUUGAAAAAUUAUAAAAAAGAUUCGAGUGAACUUCCAGUGAAAAAAUUACCAGCCAAAUUACCAGGGCAAUCGAUCACUCACUCAUUAGCCAAACAGCAAAUCCUUUUCUUCAGCUCAGUGAAGGACAGCUCGAUCUUGUGUUGGAAUCGUCAGAAAGAAUUCACGUCGUCGAACAUCGGACUGGUGGAACAGAAUUUCGUAGAUCUCCAAUGGGCAUCUGGUGUGAAAGUGCUUUCAAAUAAUGGCACUGAAAAAAUGAAGCUCUGGGUGCUCACCAAUCGCUGGCAAGAUUUCCAAAACCAAGAAAUCCCCCCAACAAUUCCUCACGAUCCCAAUUACUACGAAUUCGUACACAGCAAUUUUAAGAUUCUGACUGGUGAGGUCAGCGAGCUUAUUAAAGGGACAGUUUGUGAAUAAUACGUAAAAGCGAAUUUGUGAAAAAAUACAAUUUCAUUUUGAUUAAAGGCAUGUUUUCUAAUUGUCGUCGCACGUCAAA